UGAAGCGGAAAAAAAGUGCGAGAGAGAGGGUGAGAGAAAGAAAGAAAAAAAAACCCCACGGCUCGCGUCGUUCACGUCAAAGAUCCGGCUCUAAGAGCCAUUUCGUUCGCGACCGACACAUCACUACAGCAUUGACCGCACUCACUCUCGCACUGAAGUGGUCAGAAGACUGAGCACUUGACCCCAUUUUCGCUCUUAUUCACCCAAUCAUCAACUUUACUGUUGUCAAAAUAUCUUGUGGAUCUUUGCUCCACUUCCCACCUGCUUUCAGCGCUUGUUUGUAAAAGUCAGUGGCUCUCUCAGUCUGAGCAGAGAAACAUCUGGAAACAUCUGGAAAAGCUGGACUGAAAGGACUACAGACCAACGGUUCUAAGAGCCACAGACGUGUUACCAUGUGAGCAAGUGUCUCCUGGUCACGGGUUCAUUCCGCUCAGGAUCAUUCAGUUGCUUUCAACUUCCUUCCAGAUGUCAGCAGAUCUCUCAGUCCCAGCAGUAGUUUGACAGUCCUCGUAGCAGCAGAGUGCACGAAACUACAAGGUGAUUCAAACUCUCAGAUAGUAAGGAGCAGACGGCUGAGUUUAUUAAACUCCACGAGACAGCGGUGACGCAAAUCUGAAGGCUAGACCGUCCCAUUUCAUAGCCUCGCACUUCUGGAGAAGCCAUGCCUCGUAAGGACAUGAGGAAACCGCAACAAAAGGAGCUGCGUGAGGCUAAAGGCAGUGGACUCCUCAGCAGCUGGGUUAAAAGGAGCACAGUCUCAGAUCAGCACAGCCCUGCCCUCCAGCACCAGCAGCAGCAGCAGCAGCAGCAGCAGCAACUCCUCAACAGCAACAUUGUACCCCAUCAGGACAGUUCUGGUGGUAGCAGGGGGAGAGUGAAACCGGAGCUAGAGGAAGCUACAGUCUCUCAGGACCCACAUAAACAUGAAUUUACAGUGGAAUUCGGUUCAGAGAAAUACAACAUUGACUGUGAGCGACCUUGCACAGUGCUGAAGGCCAUAAAAUCUAAAGCAAUAUAUAAGAAGACGGUUAAGUGUACAGAUGAAUAUGUUAUCAUUCGGAGGGGUACAGGAGAUGACGAAUCAAUUGUUCCAACACAUUUUCCUUGUUCUUGUAUCAGUGAUGGUGAACUCCUAAGCAUAUCAAGUAUAAAUAAUAAACAGGUAGGGGAGACUAAAGACGUCAGAGAUAUACGUCCAAAAGAUUCCUAUUCUGUCUUUUACAUUGAUACAACAGGAGGAAAAAACCUAAAACCAAACAAGCAUCUCAAAUUCACAAUACUAAAUCAGUUCAAGUAUCUUUGUGUUUACGGAGAGAAGGGGAUAACUGUGGAAGAGGCUCUGAAAAGAGAUGGCCGCUUCACUGAUGACCUUGGCUCCUUUGAGCUGAUCAACAUCACUGACAAAUGUAAGACUGAGUGCACAGACAAAAUUGAUAGACUGGACGAGAAGAAAUUCCAGAUACGUCGUCUACAGAAAGCUAAUGCAGAAACAACAACAGAUGUAAAUCAAGUAGCCAUCCCUGGGCAACAGAAACUGCAGAAUCCUCCACAUGCAUCAAAUAAUGCACAGCGCACAAGAGAAACAAGAUCAGUCUUAGGUGUAGCACAGCAGAAGGGAAUCAGUAUAAAAACAGCAGCGAAAGAAACAAACAGCAGCAUUGACCCUAAGGAGGUUUAUAAGCUACUGCGUAAGCAGUUUCCACGUCUGAAACAAUGGAUGGAAAGUAGAUUCCCUGACAAUUCUUUCCAGGAAACACUGAAACUGAGGAAGGAGAACUUUGGAAAAAUCCAACAGUCUUUUAGUGAAAUUCACAAAGUCAGGUUGCUGCUAGAGCUGAGUGAGUCAGUUUGUUUCAUAACUGGUUCCUUCAUAAAGCAGGGCACAGGUUUUGUGCUAUUUGACAACUAUGUCUUGACGAAUGCCCACUUAUUCAAAUACUAUAUUGACUCAAAAUUACCUAAUUGGCAUGAAAUUGCAAAUGUUACAGUUGUCUUUAACUUCGAAACACAAGAGUUUAAAGAAAUGAACAAGAUUAAUGCCAAGGUGUUUGUUGGCGACGCUGAAUUAGAUUACAUCAUACUUAAGCUAGAAAAAACUGAAGCGCCGCUAGAAACAGAGAGCCAGGUUCCACCAGGGCUCCUCAAGAGAUUUGGACCUGUACCUUUAGAUGGUGAGGCCUGUGUUGUUGGACACCCAGGAGAAGGAGUGAAAAAAAUGGAUCCUACAUGUGUCAUUGAGAAAGACAAACGAGAGGAGGCUGUUAACAAAAAUUUAGAGGACUACAAGGAAUAUUUCAUCACUCUUUAUGCAAUCAAUCAGGCGAUCAAAAAUGACCCAUAUGAAAAUAUCUAUGUGACCUACAACACUUUCAUGUAUCACGGCUCUUCUGGCUCCCCAGUAUUUGAUGCUACUGGACAAGUGUUUGGUUUGCACAGUGGGGGAUUUUUCUACGGGUUUCCAAAAACUAAACAGAGUGUGAUUGAGUAUUCCUUUCCUCUGCUCACUAUAUUUGAAAACUUUGUGGGUAUUCUGAAGAAAAAGGGGAAUGAGAAUCUGUUGGCAAGAGUUGAGAAGGAGGCAAAGGGAAAUCAAUACCUAGAAAACAUUAUUGCGUCUGUUGUGGGGUCAAAUCAAGACAUGCCUGAGGCUUUGGAAGAAUGCUCAGAUAAAAUGGAGUGUGACUGAAAUGCUCGAGGCUGAGCUUAGGUAGGUAGCCAGAUCUAAAAAUUCUCCAGCAAGAGGGAAAACAUAGGCCCGAGGAGCCGAGGGUAAUACAGCACAUUCUGAGGAGGCAAUGGACAUCAGUUAGGCAAGAGUCAAAGCACAUAUGGCUGUAUAGAGACAAACUGAUCACAGUAAUUAGUUUGCCUGCCUGAAGAUCUGCCUUCUGUUUUAUAUAGACCAUAGUUGAACUUUUAUUUUGAAUUCUGUUUAGCUUUUAGUAUGCUGUUUACUUAUUUCAAUUUGGUUUGUAGUGUCAGUUGUUGUUGUUGUUAUUAUUAUUAUUAUAAUCAUCAUUAUUAUCAUUGUCAUCAAUAUUACUCGGGGGGUUGACUUAGACAUAGACUUCUCAAGUCUUGAUAACCAGGUUGAAAAAUGUAGCCAUUUUGGCAAAGACUUAAACUGAGGACAAAUUGUUUAAUUUUUACUUUAAUGUAUGUACAGUUGUUGUUUUUUUUUCUUUUUUUUUUCAAAGUGCAUUUCGUGUUGUUAUUUCAGUUAUCAAGAUGUUUUUUUUCAGAUUAAUUUUACUUUCUUAUAAUAACCUUAAAACCGGCUCAAUAAAUUUAACUUUGUCAUCACAAAAAAUUUAAAUAGUAAAUAGUUUUUUUUAUGAGCCUUUAAUUCUUAAUUCUUAAUGCUUGUAACCUGAUUGGUAUGUAUUCAAGUGAAGUUCGACUUAAUGCUUUAUUAAAAUCUACUUGGAUAAAUAUUCUGUUCUGAUGUUGGACAGUAUUCAUUAUUUGUUAUGUUUGCUUUAGUUUGUAUUAACGAGGAAAAUUAAUGUUUUUGUGAAGAUUUUGGUUGUUAAUAAAUGAGAAGUGAAGCAACACAG